GCCCCAUGAUGUUCCCAACAGCUGACAGACGGUGAAAGCCACUAGCAGAGAGCUGUCUGUUGGGGGAGAAGAGGACUCUCUUGUCGUUAAACUACGGGCUUCAUCGUCACGUCAAGGGACUUUUCAACAACCUUCCUCGCGUCGAGCGUCCUAUCUCGGACUAAACAACAGAACUAAAGGCAUUGUUCAGCAGUUUUGGAAGCGAGGGGACAUUGGCGCAGUCAGGUGCUUCCUUUUCCACAAUAAGUCGCCGGAGCUGCUGCAUACAUGUCGGAUUGUUAGCCGUUGCCGCUUCCCAACCAGCCCUCCCAACCCUCCCAACCCUCCAAGCCCUCCCAGCCCAGCCCAAAUGCCGAGGAAUGGAUAGUUUGUCGAGCAUGGUCGAGAGUGACGAGAAGCCGGAGAGGGACAGCGGUGGCGGCGAUGGAGGAGACUUAAUAGCCAUGGCCGCGCUCCAACAGUGCGAGCUGAUCCAGAACAUGAUAGAUAUCUCCAUCUCCAGCUUGCGGGGGCUCAGGACCAAAUGCGCCGCGUCCAACGACCUCACUCAGCAAGAAAUCCGCACACUGGAGGUGAAGCUGGUGAAAUACAUCUGUAAACAGCUGCAGUGCAAGCUUAAAGUGCCAGAGACAGAGAGGCCUGAGGCCUUGGACAGCUACCCCCGUUUGCGAGACUGGCUUCGCACCAUUAACCUUCGACCAGAACUUAUCGAGGUAGUGGAAGCAAAGGUUUCCCUGGAUGCCUUACUACAGAUGGCAGGUGCUCAAGUGAGGGACACAAUGCAAAGGCUUGGCUUCACUUCAGAAGAAUGUUCCCGACUAAGUGAUGCCUUCUCCUGCCUAAAGAGUGCUGCUGAAUCUGGUGGCGAACUGAAGGAAGACAGCACUGCUUGGUUGUCUGAGCCUACCAGAAGGGACAGUGGUUCUCUGCUGUCUGCAGACCAGCUAUCAAGCCUGGGCAAUCCACUCCGGCCCCACAGCCCCUCACCUCUAGCUCGCCCAUCCACUAUCCAUUCAACGCCCUCUACACCCUGUGCUACUUUUGCUCAUCCCUACCUGGGCUCUGUGUCGGCGGUACACACACCCGAGGGGCAGAUGCCACAAUUUCUCAGCGAAAGCCCCCUCACGGAUCCAUUUCCCAUGUCCUUAGCACGCUCAGCCCGGCUCCAUGGACACACUUCCACCCCACCUAUAACGCCACCCUCAAAGCGGCGCCACCGACUGAAACCUCCUUGCACCCCUCCGCCUCCAUCCCGUAAAGUGCUACAACUCCUCCCCAACAUCACCCUCACACGCAGCAAAAGCCACGAGUCGCAGUUGGGCAACCGCAUCGAAGACCCACUCACCAACAAAUGUGUCAAAAAGAAUAAAGUGCUCCUGAAUAUGCAAGUCAAUGGGAACGGGCAUGAUGACAUGCACUCUCGCUACCCUGUUUUACCUGUACGAACCUCUGGAGUCCUCCCAGCUGCAACCACUGCGCCUUACACCCUCCCUGGCACACCUACCCUGUUGGAGGAGCGUAGCUUCAUUAAGAAUAACAUGCCAGUGCGCCGUAGCUCUCCCCAAGCAGUUAGGAGGGACAUCGGGCUUGCUGUCACACACCGAUUUUCCACCAAGUCCUGGCUCUCGCAGACAUGUCAGGUGUGCCAGAGGAACAUGAUGUUCGGGGUUAAGUGCAAACACUGUCGAUUAAAGUGUCACAACAAAUGCACAAAGGAAGCCCCAUCCUGCAGAAUCUCUUUUCUUCCAAUCGCCAAAAUUCGAAGGACAGAAUCCGUGCCGUCUGAUAUAAACAACCCAGUAGACCGACCCUCUGAAGCACCACAGUUUGGCACCCUACCGAAGGCCCUUACCAAAAAGGAUCACCCUCCUGUCCUCAACCAGCUGGACUCUAGCAGCAACCCGUCCUCCACUACCUCGUCCACGCCCUCCUCACCAGCACCCUUUCAACAGAGUAAUCCUCCGAGCGCCACACCGCCGCCCAACCCAUCCCCCAAAGGUCAUCGGGACAGUCGCUUCAACUUCCCAGCCGCCUGCUACUUUCAGCAUAGACAGCAGUUUGUCUUUCCUGAUGUUUCCAGUCCUGUUACUUUACACCCGGAUGUUCUCCAAGACACAGUUAGUGAGAUUGAACAAUCAGUGGAUGACAUACAUGAUGAGCUGAUUGAAGAUGAAGAUGAAGAGGAAGACGAGGAGGACAUUGAGGUGGAAGAAGAAGACCCUGAGCUUGAAGAGGACAAUGAGGAUGACGAGGAGGAGAACGAUGAUGAAGAGGAUGAUGAGAACGAGGACGAGAUGCGGAUGAACAUGGGCUCUGAUAGUGAGUGCGAAGGUGACAAGCUGGACGAUCUGCCCUGCCCUCGAGGGAAUCAGUGGAAGGUCCCCAUUUCCCGCAUAGCCAGCCAGACCAGUGUAUACCUGCAGGAGUGGGACAUCCCCUUUGAGCAGCUGGACGUUGGAGAACUCAUAGGGAAGGGCCGAUGGGGCAAGGUGCACAAAGGUCGGUGGCACGGCGAGGUGGCCAUCCGACUUCUGGAGAUUGACGGGAACAAUCAGGACCACCUGAAGCUCUUUAAAAAGGAAGUGAUGAAUUACAGGCAGACGAGACACGAAAACGUGGUGCUUUUCAUGGGGGCCUGCAUGGCCCCGCCCCACUUAGCCAUCAUCACCAGUUUCUGUAAAGGGAGGACGCUGUAUUCUGUCGUGAGAGAUACUAAGAACACUUUGGAUAUCAACAAGACCAGACAAAUUGCCCAGGAAAUUGUAAAGGGCAUGGGAUACCUGCACGCUAAAGGCAUCGUCCACAAAGACUUGAAGUCAAAGAACGUGUUUCACGAUACCAACAAGGUUGUGAUCACUGAUUUUGGUCUUUUUGGGAUCUCUGGAGUUGUUCAGGAAGGAAGGCGGGAGAAUCAACUAAAACUUCCACAUGGCUGGAUUUGUUACUUGGCGCCAGAAAUUGUGCGCAAAAUGAGCCCCGGUAACAAUGAGGACCGACUUCCUUUCUCCAACGCAGCAGACGUGUAUGCCUUUGGCACAAUUUGGUACGAGCUCCAAGCAAGGGACUGGCCAAUCACCAACCAGCCUGUGGAAGCAACCAUAUGGCAGGUUGGGAGUGGAGAAGGUAUCAAAAAGAUCCUGGCAGAGAUCAGCCUGGGGAAAGAAGUCACUGAGAUCCUCUCGGCCUGCUGGGCGUACGAGCUGCGUGACCGGCCCACUUUCACGCAGCUGGCCGAAAUGCUGGAAAAGUUGCCCAAGCUCAACCGAAGGCUGUCUCACCCCGGGCACUUCUGGAAGUCUGCGGAGUUGUAGCAGCACACUUAAGCAAUGCAACACAAAGCCUGGGACUGCCUUGCAUGCUCCUGAAUAUUUAACGCCCGCAGGAUUGUUCAAAGCAUUGCCUCCGACUCUCUGCUUCCACUUCUUCUUGUCUCCUUCCUGACAUGCGCACCUCUGGCCUGCAAAGUUGUCUCUUAUUUUUCCUCCCUUCUUUGUUUUGGCCUUUCAGUUCUUAACUUUGAGGCUUUUGAAUGAUUCUGUGUGUUCGUUUGUUUGUUUUUUUGUGUGUGUGUGCGUGCUCACCACCUCUACUCACCGAGUCCUUCCCUUUGCAAACACACACACACACACACACUGCAGGACAUGGAAUGCACACACAGCAACCUUUAGUUGACCCCCCUGAAGGUUUGGCAGCCAUGAGGGAGGUUGCUUGCGUGACGUGGGCUCACUUCAUUAGACUCCACGUUGAACACUGAUUGCAUGUGAUGCGUGACAAUGUUGAGCUGCGUGCACACGCACACGCAGUAUGCACUUUGUCAGCAGGAUUUCAAACAAGCUCCUCAGAGAUAUUUGGUUUGGCAUAUCUACUGUUUUCUGGAAUUUAAAGGGAUGUUAUUAUUUUUGGAACGUGGGUAAAUUAGUGAACCAACCAAGAUGGCACAUUCUUGCUUUUUAAAAAUGUUUUUUUUGGGGAUAUAUAUAUAUUUUUUUUUCCUGAUUAUUUAAGGAAGCAAGCAUUUUAAAAUGUAUUUGUAGUUAUCGUUUUUGUUUUUUUCAAUGUUUUUAAAAAAAGAUAUUUAAUUUAGCAAAGCGGGUGUUUUGUAUUUUUUAUUUUUAAACAUUUGUUUUAUGCUGUUUUUUGUGAUAAUUUAGCGACAGAGGCAGUUUUAACUAUGAAUUUUUUUGAUUUUCUAUUAUUCUAUUGUUUUUUUGGGGGAUAAUUUAGUGAAUCAACAUUUUUUGUGUCCUAUGUAAUUUAUUUCUUGAUUCAUCGAAACCCAACAUUUUUGGGGCAUUUUUACAUGUAUUUUAAAAAUGUUUUGGUAAUUUUGUGAACAACCGUUUCAGCUUUUUCUGGCAUUAAAAAAUAGCUUUUUUAAAAAGUUUUAAAUAAAUUAUAGAUUAAAAAAAAUUAAAUAUUGUGUAGCAACCAUUUCUCUACUUUUCGUCAUGAUUUUUUUUUUUUUUUUUAAACAUUUUGUGGGGGUGAUUUAGUGAACCAAAAAACACUAUUUUCGGUGAACUGAACAUUACAGCAUUUUUCAAAGUGAUGUACAUUGUAUCAUUUAAAUUAAAAUUAUACAUAUUUGGGAUAAUUCAGUCCAGCUGGCCUUUUCUGGCACAUAUUUAAAAUUAAAUUUUAAUAUUGUUUUGUGUGUGUGUGGGUGGGGGGUAGUUAUGUGAAUCAACCAUUGCAGUGGUUUUGGUGUUUUUUUUUCUUUCUUAUUUUAUGAAAUGUUUUCCAUCUCUAUUCAGCAUCCUCCCAUUAAGUAAACAUACUAUUUUAAUAAUCCUUAUUUAUGGUCAAUUGGUUCCACUCUGUCAAGUGCACCUUAAGUUUUUUUAACAGCAGCUGAAAAAAAGAAAAGAAAUUCAGGACCUCAGCACAAAAGUGUCCUCUAUGUUCCUAAACGUUACCUCUUGUGUGUGUGUUUUUCCUUUGUGAUUGUUUGCUUCACUCGGGUGUGUGUUGUGUAUAAGUGUGCGGCUGAAUGACAUGUUGGAAUACACUGUCAGUUUUGUGUUUGCUAUGGUAAGUACUGUAAAUAACGUAUUUAAUGUACAGCAAUUUAUGACUCUUCAAAUAUUUGUAUGAACAUUUUAUAUGUAAAAUGCAUCACCACAUUUAUUUUGGAUACGUCCCGCUACGGCUGAUACAGAUGUAUAUAUAUUUAUAUUUUUGUCAUGUAUAAAGGCUGUACGAUUUUUUUCUUUUUUUCUUUUUUUUUUCUUAAAUGGGCCAAUACAUUUUUUUUAUGUUGUACAAAUGCAUAUUUUUGUAUUGCAUGUAAAGACCGCACACACAAGUUCUGUUUUCAUCCAUGGAAGACAAUAAAAUGAACGCUUGUCAUGUAAAA